AUGCCGCGCCUCAGCGACCUCGACCUGAGCUGCAACAAGCUGGGCGUCGCCUCGCUGGACUUCCUGCAGUGCACGCCAUCCCUCUACCUGCUCAAUCUGUCGCGCAACGCUCUGCAGGAGCUGCCGCUCGCCAGCCUCACCCACAGACCCACGCUGCACACCCUCGACCUCUCCCACAACAACCUGUCCUCCGCGGCGGCGCUCGUAGCCGCGCUCAACGCCACCGCCUCGCUGCGGCAGGUGUUUCUCGCCCCGGCAACCCGUGGCGUCUGCAACCGCACGGCGCUGCUGCACGCUGCACGGCUUACGGGCGGCGCGCCUGCAGGCGGCGUGCGGGCGUGGCUCGUGAUACUGGGCGUGACGGGCGUUGCGGGCGGCCUGUGCUGCCCUCCUGGGGGUGAGGGGCCGCCUACGGCGGCUGCCCCCAGUGCCCUGGCUAUGGCCCCGCAAGGCGCUGAUAGACAAGGUGCUAAGAGCGGAGCUGCCGCGCCCCGCGCCGCGAGGCGAGGAGGACGGCGCCCCCGAGACCUCCUAUGUGUCCUACAAGAGCCGGCUGGACCCCGAGGAGCGGCGCCCCCGCGGGGCACCCCAGGCGCCAGCAGGAGCAGCAGGUCCUCUCUGCCCCGGGUCGACCACUCCCCGGGGACGCGGGUGAGGGCUCGGCAAGCUGUGACCCAAGAGCGUGACGACGAAGACGUGAGCGAUGAGAACCUGCCGCUCACCACCUCGGCAGGCGUGGCCACCUCGCCGACGGAGACGCAGACGAUCUCUGUGGCUGGGCUGCGCGGCGUGCGGCAGUACACGGUGGCGUCCUGGCUCACCCUGGAGGCGCCCCAGUCCUCGUCCCGCCCCCUCCCGGAGCCCCCUGCGCCCCGCGACCUGCUGGCAGCGAAGAUACAGCAGCGGGACUCCUCCGCCACCUUCACCCUCACCAGGCCGCCGCCACACUGCCCCGGCGUGACAGAAGAGCACCCCCACAGGUCCCCUUCUCGCCAACAAGAGCGCCCACCGCCGCCCGCUAGUCCCCAGAGCCAGCCAUUUACACCCGUGGGCGUGAGUGAGAGCCGCGGGCCGCUGACCCGGCAGCGUUCAGCGCCCGUCCACCAGCAGCAGCAGCAGCAGCAGGAGCGGGAGCAGCAAGAACAGCAGUCCCCGUCACGCCCCAUCGGUCAGCGGCAUCAGGAAGACAGAGGGACGAGCGGGUGGGCGUGGGAGGCGGGGGUGUGCCGCGCCUGCCUGGCCGCCCUCUCGCUGCCUGACGUGCAUAGCGUGCCCCUGCUGCAGCACGGCGUCACCCCAGCCUGGCCCCGCGGCCCCCACGCCCCGGGCCCCGCCGUGGCCGCGGCCUCGCCUCGCAGAGGCCGCGGCCACGCCGGGUACUCGCCGUUCACAAAGACACCGAUGAGUAAUGUGAGUGAGAGACCGGUUUACCGCAGCCUGGAGAGGGGCACGAGGCGCCGGCCGCUGCCCCCGCCUCCCCAUCCCCGUACCCUGCCCCAGGACGCUCCGCACGCCUCCGCUCCCUUCAGCCGCCACAGGUCGCCGCCCCCGUGCCACGAGCCCCUCUCCGUGCCCUCUGUCAGCCUCCUUGUGCAGCAGCAGGAGAGCCUCAGCCACGCCCACAAGGCUGUGCUUUGCGCCACCCGCGCCGUGCCCACGCACUCUAGCGCCGUGAGGACGCCCCCAGCUCUGCCGCCGCGGCAGCAGGAGAUCAGGCCCGCCACGGCGGCGCCCACUGCACCCCAGGCAUCUCAGGCCUGCGUCACGGACUCUGGGGACGAGGAGGAGACGAGCAUCUCCAAGCGUGAGGCCCCGCUGGUGUGCUCGCGGAGCGGCGGCAGCGAGGACGAGGAGGACUCGGGCAGCGAGCAGGGCGACGCGGACAUCGAGACUCACGCCACGCAAAUCAUCGACCUGGCGGAGCUGCACGGCCAGAGCCCCUGCAAGCCCUCCUGAGGCGCCGCGCUCUGCCCGCCCUGGCCUGGGCUAGGCUGGGCUGGGCUGGGCUGGCCCGGACUGAGGCUCAACCUGCGGAGGCUCACGACCUGCCUCCGUCCCGCUUCCCCCUCGUCCCCCAGUACCCCACACCCCGCGACCUGUCAUCAGCCUGCGUGAACAUAACUUAGAGCGUCUUGGUGGAAAGUUGUCCUGUUCUCUGCUCGUAUCUUCCUCAAGUCAGGGAGAAAGGAGGAGGAGGAGGAGGAGGAGGAGGAGGAGGAGGAGGAGGAGGAGGAGGAGGAGGAGGUCAGCGAGGCCCGUCAUGCCCAGGAAGCAAAACUAAAGGAGCAGAACCGAAGUCAUUUCCCAAAGUGGAUGGAAAGAAAGAGGAGAGAAGAGUCGACACCAAAAUACUUCCUUCUUAGUUACCAUCCCCGCCUCCCUCCCUGCCUGCCUGCCUCUCUCCCUCCCUCCCUUUCUCCCUGCCUCCCUGCCUCCCUCCCUGCCUCACACACAAGCCACAACGCCCUCUCUCAUCCGGCCACGAAGCCUCCCUUUCAUC